AGCAGCAGCAGCAGCAGAAGGAGCAUCCUAUAGGCUAAUCAGUUGGUACUUUUCAAUCCAUCCAGCCUCAGCACCCUCUCCCCCCUCCCAGAAGAGGACAGCCGACAGCCGGUGUGAGCGAGGUGUUUUUGUCCGCUAACCAUGGUGGGAAUUACGGAUGUCGUGUGCCUUGUCGUCCCGCUGGUGAUGCUCGCCGGGUCCACCUUGCAGACCGACGUGAAGAGCGCCAAGGAGGCGGAAAAAACGGGGAAUUUCAUGGAAGACGAGCAGUGGCUGUCCACCAUUUCACAGUACAGCCGCAAGAUCAAGCACUGGAAUCGCUUCAGAGACGAUGAUUAUGUUCGCACCUGGGAUGAAAAUCAAGGGUCUAAUGACAAUGUAGACACCACUAAGGACCCCUGUCAAAAGGUUAAGUGCAGCCGACACAAAGUGUGUAUCGCCCAGGGCUACCAGAGAGCUGUGUGCGUCAACCGCAAGAAACUUGAACACAGACUGAAACAGCCUGCUCUCCGGUCUCCUGAUGGAAACUGUCAGCCCUGUCCCAUCUCCUCCUCCGGGCCUGUCUGCGGCUCAGACGGACACAACUACGCCUCAAAGUGCAAGCUGGAGCAGCAGGCAUGUCUUACUGGGAAGGAUCUUACCCUGAAGUGUUCGGGUCUGUGUCCUUGUCCAACAGCUGCCUCUCCAUCCAAGGACAGUAAUCAUGAGAGCUGUACCGGACAGGAUCUGGCUGAUCUUGGGGAGCGUCUGAGGGACUGGUUCCAACUCCUGCAGACCAAUGCCAAGCAGAACAACAAUAGCAAGACUGGGUCAAGAACAACUGUAGCCGGCACCACAUCAGUGCUGGACAGGAGCCUGGUGGCCAGCUGUAAGGACUCCAUAGGCUGGAUGUUUUCCAAAUUGGACACCAAUGGCGACCUGUACCUGGACCAGGCUGAGCUGGCCGCCAUCAACCUAGACAAGUACGAGGUCUGCAUCCGACCCUUUUUCAACUCCUGUGACUCUUACAAGGAUGGCAAAGUCUCUACCGCAGAGUGGUGCCUCUGCUUCUGGAGAGAGAAGCCACCCUGCCUGGCUGAGCUUGAGAGGAUCCAAGUCCUAGAUGGCGGGAAGAGAAAGUUUGGUCGAUUCAUCCCCAGCUGCGACGAGGACGGCUACUAUAGAAAGCAGCAGUGUGAGAGGGGAGAGUGCUGGUGCGUCGACCAGAACGGAGGAGAAGUAGCCGGAUCUAGGAUUCGUGGCAAGCCAGAUUGCGAUGAUGAAAUGGCAUAUUCAGGUGAUUUUGGAAGCGGGGUUGGAUGGGAGGAUGAGGAAGAGAAAGAAGCUGAGGAGACUGCAGAGGAGGCCGAAGAGGAAGAAGGGGAAGUAGGAGAGGUGGAUGAUGGGGGCUAUAUCUGGUAGAAGUCCAACGAGCAGUCUGACCUCUAUAAAAGAGCAUCUUGACGGUCCCAAACACGCAAACACACACAUACAGAUCCUCAAAGAGACAGAUGUGGUGGAGCUCACACACGCAGAACAAAACAGGCCUACGACAAAGCAAAAGUGAGGGUUGUACAGGUUUGGAGAGGGAAGGUGCAUAUCUUGUGGGAGUAUUUAAUGUUAUAGGAUGUUCUUAAAAUGGGCAAGGGAAGGGGAAAUAUCACUACUAUGAUAUAAUGGGUCUGGAGUCAAGAAUUUUGUCCCUCAUACUUGUGAAUCUAUGUUCUCUUCUGUUUUAUGUCCUUUGAACCAUCCUUGAGCAGUUUUAGCUGAUACAUAAUGGAGACUUUUAAGCAGUUGCAGGUGCUUGCAUAAAAAAAGAAGAAAGAAUGGGUGCAUUUCAAUACUUCCAAUUGGCUUCUUUCAUCUUUUUACUUUCUGCAGAUUAACAACAUUCAGAUAUCCAGUUUUGAUUUGAGUAAGAAACGAGAGAAUAAAGAGAGGAAGCCACAUUGGAGUAUUGAAUAACACCCCCUACCUUUACCGUUUUCAUGUCAUACGCUUCUGCUGAUAUGUGACAGUAGUGCUCUGUCUCAUUCAUGACUUAUAAAAAAAUACAUUUUUCUCACGCAUCACUCUUUAGCUUGUAAAUAACGUGUGUAUCAGAAGACAGAUUGUCACCUAUUAGUCCUGUUAUCAUUGCCUUGAAAGACUAGCAGAGUAUGCUGCUUGGUUGACAAGUGUAUAUCGUAUCAUAAUGUGGAUCAAUUAUUGUGUUUAAUAAAAAAAUGAAAUAAACUGGUCUAUGUGGCCCAGCUGGCCACCGUA